AGCACGAACUCACUCCCUGCCCCUCUCUCUCUCUCUCUCUCUCUCACACACACACAGAGAGACAAGGCGCGCGCGCACUGGGUUUGAAGACAGACCGCACGCGGGGUUUGUGCUCAGUGCGGCGGUGGCGGCGGCGUUGUUGCUGUUGCGCGUGCGGACUCGGUGGCUGUAACGGACGAGCUCGUGCGCUUUAAUGACUCUACACUACUGGAGUUUAUUUGUUUGUUGUUUUUCUUUUUCUUGGGGGACCAUAAAACGGAGACAGCGCGCAUGAGAAACCGACAGGAACUUAAACCAUCAUCCUCUUUUAAUAACAACAACAACAAUAUAAAAAUUCAAGAGGUUUUUUUUGGGUUUUUUUCCCACCUGAACUUUUUUCUUCUGAUGUGAACCGAGUUUUUGUCGGAGGAGGUUUUUGUUUGUUUGUUUGUUUGUUUUUAAAUCCAUAUCUCAGGACUGAGGCGCGUUUGGCACGAUGGAUAUCACACACACGCUCACACACACACUGACACACACACUCCUGCUGCUCGUGUGCUGCUGCAGCUCCACUGUGCGAGCAGAGGCAGAAGGUGAGAAGUGUGGUGGGCACGUUGAUGCCACUGAUGCGGGUUAUAUCACUUCGCCUGGUUACCCUUUGGAGUACCCGCCUCACCAGAACUGCGAAUGGGUUAUCACAGCCCCGGAACCCACCCAGCGCAUUGUGCUGAACUUCAACCCCCAUUUCGAGCUGGAGAGGCUCGACUGCAGGUAUGACUUUAUCGAAAUUCGAGACGGGAACUCGGACUCUGCUGAACUUCUGGGGCGGCAUUGCAGCAACAUUGCUCCCCCAGCCAUCACUUCCUCUGGCCCUGUUGUCCACAUCAAGUUUGUUUCCGAUUACGCUCACCAGGGCGCCGGGUUCUCACUGCGUUAUGAGAUCCACAAGACUGGUUCAGAACACUGUUUCCGGAAUUUCACAGCACCGACCGGCCUGAUUGAGUCACCCGACUUCCCAGACAAGUACCCUCACAACCUGGAAUGCUCCUACAUCAUCAUCGCCCCUCCUCAGACUGAGGUUACCCUCACCUUCAAGACCUUCGACCUGGAGAAUGACCCCUUGCUGAUGACUGAGGCUGAGUGCAAAUACGACUGGCUGGAAGUGUGGGACGGACUGCCCCAGGUUUCACCACUGAUUGGUCGAUAUUGUGGCAUGAAGAUCCCUCCGGAAAUCGUGUCCUCCACGGGUCUCCUGUCUCUCUCCUUUCACACCGACAUGGCGGUGGCCAAAGAUGGCUUCUCUGCACGCUACAACAUGACUCGCAAAGAUAUUACUGACAGUUUCCACUGCAACAGUGUUUUUGGUAUGGAGUCUGGAAAGAUCUCAGAUGAGCAGAUUUCUGCUUCGUCCUCAUUCUAUGAUGGACGUUGGCUUCCUCGCAUGGCCCGUCUCAACAACGAGGAUAAUGCCUGGACACCUGCAGAGGACAGCAACAAGGAGUACAUUCAGGUGGACCUGCACUUCCUGAAGGUUCUAACAGGGAUCGCCACACAGGGUGCUAUCUCGAAGGAGACGCAGAAGUCCUACUACGUCACCACCUUCAAGCUGGAGGUCAGCACAAACGGAGAAGACUGGAUGAUGUAUCGCCACGGCAAGAACCACAAGAUAUUCCAUGCUAACACAGACCCAACGGAAGUGGUGCUGAACCGCAUUCCUCAGCCCACCCUGGCCCGCUUCGUCCGCAUCAGACCCCAGACCUGGAAGAAUGGAAUCGCUUUGCGCUUUGAGCUCUAUGGCUGCCAGAUCACAGACGCUCCAUGCUCCGAGCUCCAGGGUCUGCUCUCUGGCCAGCUUCCUGACUCGCAGAUCUCAGCGUCGUCGUUUCGGGAUCUCAACUGGGCCCCGAGUACGGCGCGCCUGGUGGCCAGCAGGUCCGGCUGGUUCCCUGCCCCGGCACAGCCACUGGCUGGAGAGGAGUGGCUCCAAGUGGACUUGGGAACAGCUAAGACUGUGAGCGGUCUCAUCACUCAGGGAGCGAGAGGCGGAGAUGGAGGAACGAGCUCGGAAAACCGCGCCUUCGUACGGAAGUACCGCCUGGCCCACAGCGGGAACGGAAAAGACUGGAACUUUGUGAUGGACAAAAAGACCAGUAUGCCUAAGAUUUUUGAAGGGAAUGUGCAUUUUGACAUGCCAGAGCUGCGGCGGUUCGAGGAGAUCGUGACUCGCUUCGUCAGGAUUUACCCUGAACGCUGGUCUCCUGGUGGCAUCGGGAUGAGGAUAGAGGUUCUGGGAUGCAGCCUUCCAGAAAUGUCCACAGUUACCGUGCCAACUUCCACGAUCAUGCGUUCUUCCCCUGCAGAAAGCAGCACUGUUCAUAAACUCAGCUCCCCAAUCUUCAGCACAUCUCCCCCCUCUUCCAUGGUCCUGUGCAAUUUUGAGCAAGGUUUGUGUGGAUGGACUCAUGACCCCAACUCCGACCUCAUCUGGGCUUUGCACACAUCCAGCAGAAUCACUGCCCAAGGCCAAAGUCAAGACCUCUCUUUAGGCUCGAACAGUCUGGGAAACUACCUAUAUGUCGAAGCUAGUCCCAAGACACAGGGAAAAAAAGCCAGGCUCUUCAGCCCAGAGGUGGGUCCCGAAACAGGGCCUCUGUGCUUGAAGUUCUCCUAUCAGCUAGAGAGUGACGGAACCUUGCGGGUGCUACUGCGCAACCGACUUCAAGAGGAAACCCUUCUCUGGGCUCUCCAUGGCAGCCAGGGUUCCGUGUGGAAGGAAGGACGCACCAUUGUACCUCGAUCACCGAAGGAGUUCCAGGUGGUCAUCGAAGGCAUCUUUGAAAAGGCAACCACAGGACACAUCUGGAUUGAUAAUAUCCAUAUGAGCUCCAGCACACCACUGGAGGAAUGUACACAACCUUUUGCUGCCUUUCCUCCAGAUAUGCCUGUUAAAAAAAUGGACCCCAGAGGUAAUCGUCUUCUCAUCAACCGGGACCACAAAGACACAGAUGUACAACUCUCAGACUGGACCACUGUAGAACCUUCCUCAGAGCCUCCGGUAACACGAUCGACAGGCAAGGAGAAUCCCUGGUUGAACACGCUGGAUCCCAUUCUCCUCACUAUUAUAGUGAUGAGCUCUCUGGGAGUUCUGUUAGGUGCUGUGUGCGCUGGUCUUCUGCUGUACUGCACCUGCUCCUACGGAGGCCUGACCUCACGCUCCUCCACCACCCUGGAGAACUACAACUUUGAGCUCUAUGAUGGCAUCAAGCACAAGGUGAAGUUUAACCAACAGCGCUGCUGCUCCGAAGCUUGAGGACCACCUGGCUGAUGUUUCAUCGGGCAUGCACAAUUUGGCGCUUUCAAGAGAGACUAGCCCCAUCUCUUGGGAUGCAUGUUACCACCUUGCUGCUUGUUGGCGCAAUUGUUGGAGCCGACGCUUCCAGCUAGCCUUUUUGCUUAGCUCAGAUCUUGCUUGGCUGGAUGCAGGUUGUUGAUUCAAAUGUGGAUUAUCGAAGGCUGCUUGGAGUUCUCUCUCUCUCUCUUGGGAAGCAUUUCCCAGCUUAGCCUCAAAUAGAUAUUAGUACAUAUCAGUUCUGUCUAUUCCAAAAAAUUAAAAAAAAUCUCAUGUUAAGCUUUGGGUCCUGAAUGGGAGCCGGUGGAACUGAUCCGAACUCUUGUCAUCCCAAAAUGCAGAGCUUUUGUGGCAUGUGACUGAUGGUGUGGUGAUGUUUGUUGACGUUUUAUGAGCUUUUAAGUUUUCUUUUCUUUUCAAUUUCCUGACUGUGAUGCCUUAAUGCUGGUCAAUUCCAAAACUGACCAUCUUAUUUCAUUUUUGAAUCUUUACAUCUAUUCAGUGCUCGUUUGGUUCUGUGAUCUUGUUUCAUGUUUCACUCUGGCUUUAGUAGAAAGACAAGAAACACAAUGUAACCUUGUUAAGACAAGUAGAAUUUCAUAGGUUUUAGUUUGAAGCCAUGUGAUUAUGCUAGGUUUAAGAAAACGCAGGACCAUUUUCUGUGUGUGUGUGUGUGUGUGUGUGUGUGUAAAGCAACAGGGAAUUUUGUCAGUGCAACCUAUGGAUUGCUGUGAAUGCUAAUGGACAUACUGCUGAGCUUGAUGGUAUUACAGAUUAAGAAAGAAAAGAGUGGUUUUUUUGCGGCGAACACACAGCCAUGAGGAACACCAUCACUGAGACUUUGAACAACCAAGGCCAAGUACUUAUCAUUUACUACGUCUUUCCCCCUCUGCAUUCCCCCCAAACGAGGCUGAAGGUUAACAGGAGACAGGUUUAGUGAUGAAUUGGGUUGGAGCUUACGUAAGCUCCCUAGCGGCUUUCAAAGGCUUCAUGAUGAAGAAAAAAGACGAAGUAAAUCUUUUCCCAGAGUCACUGAUAGAUAUCGUCCAUGACAAGCACGAGAACACGCACUCAUGUACGCUCACACAUCAACCGUGUUACACCUCUGCAAAACAAGACACGGAGGAGCGCACCAGAAUGUUGAGAAUCCGAUUAGGGAAAAUGAACGCGUUGUGCUUUUUGACUUCACGCUCAUCUAAAAGACUGUCACUACUGGAAUGGGACCGUUUCCAAGUGCCUUGGAGCUGCGCUGGCACUCAAAGACUCAAAGCUUUUAUGUGUCUCAAAACACUCAAAAAGACUUGAGCAAAAUAAAUAAAUAAAUAAAUAAAUAAAUCACAGCACUGGGUGGACUUCCAGUUCCUCUCUGGAAGGUUUGUACAGGAAAAAAAAAAAACAUUAAGAUGUGCUUUUUAUGAUGAUUAUUGUUAUGAUUAUUUAAUAAAGUAUUGAUAAUAUCAAG